GAAAAUAAAAAUCCUGGAUGGUGAAGUGCCCGUCCAAAAUGGAGGAGACAAUUAAUCUAAUAAACAGAUGAACAGAUGUCUAUUAAUGCAAGGUGUCAUCUGUGUUAUACAGUUCUAAUGUGCUUUCAAUCGCCUGUUUUAGUGAAUUAAAGCGCCGUUAUCUUUUACAGUAUAAAGGUAAAAAGCUACUGGCAUGAAUCCAUAUGGACAUCUAAUGUAUAGUCGCCUCCUAUAUCUGUGAUUUUGCUCUGGUGCCUAUAGAUCCACGGUACCUAUGUAGUCUGUUUAAAUCUGAUGAUGGUACACUUUGAAAUCUAUUCCAACAAAAAAAAUGUCAUAAAUGGAUGUACGAGGCAAUUUCUUGUUUGUCGUUUUAUUAGAUUUACGUAUGAGCGCGCUUGCACAAAUUCCUCCUCACUCCCCCGCUCUCCCUCUGCGUGCCCUUCAACUUUUGACAUCAUAUACCUGGAUUAUAAAAGCUAAGAUCAAAUACCACGCUCGAGUCAAAAGGCAAGAGUCACCCGGUCCCGAUUUCACUCCUCCAGGAUCAUUUACAUAGAACAGUCCUGAGGCUUGGAGUAGCCCCUUACAGCAUCGCGCAGGCUGUAAAUAGAUCAUAUCGGACCCUAAUUUGAUUUAGAGAUUCCUGCGUCUGGACUCUGAAUCAGAGAAACAAAAGACAACGAGUAUGCAAGAUAACAAAAAAUAAUCUGUGGAAGAUUUUGACAUCAGCUCCGUUGCCUCGGUGAAGGACGUCCUCAAGCUUAAUGGGAGAUUUAUUGAUGAUUUUGUCGAUGAUUUGCACGUUCAAGCUCGGAGCAAAUGGAAGGAGCCACAAUGUUGACGAGGCUUUUCAGUGACCCAUCGCUGCUUCCCGGUGUGCAGAAAUACACGGGCUGGGCGGAGGACAGCGAUGACGAAGAUUCCAAGCUCAAAGAAGAGGAUCAGGACACCCAGGAGGACACGGAGGGAUCUGAGCUGAGAGGAAGCAGCCGUACGCACUCCGAGCACGCCGGAGAAGACGACGAGGACGAUGAGGUGGAGGAGGAGGAGGACGACGACGGAGAGGAUACAGGGGGGGACAGGCCCAAGAAAAGGGGUCCUAAGAAGCGCAAAAUGACCCCGGCCCGUGUCGAGCGCUCCAAGAUGCGGCGGGUAAAAGCCAAUGCACGGGAGCGUACCCGCAUGCACGACCUGAACUCUGCGCUCGACAAUCUGCGUAAAGUGGUGCCCUGCUACUCCAAAACGCAAAAACUUUCCAAAAUCGAGACACUGCGGUUGGCCAAAAACUAUAUCUGGGCCUUGUCGGAGAUAUUGCGCUCUGGAAAAAGGCCUGACCUUGUGGCUUACGUCCAGACGCUGUGCAAGGGACUCUCCCAGCCCACGACCAACCUGGUGGCGGGGUGCCUGCAGCUAAACUCCCGUAACUUCCUAACCGAACAGCAGUGUCAGGACGGGGGGAGGUACGGGUCCGGCUCCUUCUCCAUGCAUUCCUACCCAUACCAGUGUGCGCGUCUCUCCAGCCCCCACUGCCAGCCGGGUUCGGGCUCAAACUCGCAUCCGCUGAGGACGCACGGCUACUCGGCUUACGAUUCUGUGUACGGUGGGAGCGGAUCUCCAGAGUAUAACAGCCCCGAGUAUGAGGGCCCCCUCAGCCCGCCACUGUGCAUCAAUGGCAACUUUUCCCUGAAGCACCAAGGCUCUGCGUCCCCCGACAACGAGAAGGGGUACCACUACUCUGCUAUGCAUUACUCCGGCCUGCCUGGCUCCAGAAACACCGGGCCCCACAACCUGGUGUUUGGCUCCUCGGGGGCCCGGAGCGGCAUUCACUCUGAAAACGUUCUGCCUUACCACGACAUGCACUUACACCACGAGAGGGCCCCGGUAUAUGAUGAACUGAACGCGUUUUUUCACAAUUAAAUUGAGAAGCCCAUCGUGCACCCCUUGCAAUCAACAAUCUACGGCACACUUUUUAACAAGAGUCCGCGCCGGGAUUUAGACAUUCUUGAGAGAUGUUUUACUCGUUGUCAUCAGUGUUUUCCUUUCAGUUAUUCUGUCUUAACUUUUUCUUUUGCUAUAGUCAGAGAUGUAGUGGAGGGUAAUCAGCUAACCCACAAUCGGAUUUGUGCAACAGAAGUUAUCCUGCUUCUCAAGCUGAAAUAAGUCUCUAAAAGGAAAUUUGACAAACAAAGCAUAUCAAGACGAUGAUAAGGGACUUUCAAAAUAAUAAUGUCUUUUAAAGUGUGAUUUGUGUUUGUAUCGGUGGUUGUUUGCAUUUGGAUGACUGGAAGUUAAAGUUUACCCACUUAUUUGUUUACCACUACAUCACUGGCUACAGCUACACCUUGACAUUGGCGGUAAUUUUCUAAUAUUAUGAAAUUAGAAAUAAAUCAAUAAACAAGAAUGCGAAUCAUAUUUACUCGCAUGUACGUGCGAGAUUUGGGAGGUUGUGUUUUUUGGAAAUAAUGAAAUGUAAAAAAAGAAAAUGCAGAGGGAAAUGCUGAACCGAUAAUAAAAGAAGUGCUAGUUGGGUUGUUUUAGCAGAAUCUGUUCUUUAAUCAAUCGCUUCGGAUCUAUGCAAAACCCAACGAUAUCACAGAGCGAGGCAACAAGGCCCAGAAAGACACUGUAUGUUUCAUCAGCACUGUUGCACGCGCGCGCGCACACACACACACACACACACACACACACACACACACACACACACACACACACACACACACAUGAACACCCAACGAAUCUGACAAUGGCAUACAAAAUACGGUGAAAUCAGACAUUUUUCUCAUUUUUUUUAACUCUUAUUUAUUCAUAUUACCCUUGUUACCUUAUUCUUCUAAUUGGCCCAUUGCACUGUAUUUUGAUUUCAAAUAAAAUGGUUGGUAUAAUAUUUUCGUUUUGAUUUGCAAUGAUAUGUUAAAUUGGUUAUUAUGAUUAUUAUUAUGAUUAUUAUUACUAUUAUGAUUAUUGCACGUAUUUAUUGUGUUGUUUUUUGUAAUUAAUGUUAUUCAUUGGAAAUGAAGGGAUCCCAUGUGUUGCUGAGCAUUUUUUCAUAAAAUUCAAGUCUUUCAACUUUGUAUUCAAUGUGGUAAAAUAAAAUGACAAUAAAUGAGA